AUGGGCAAGAAGACGCAGGUUGUCAUUGUCGGCUCGGGGUGCGUGGGCAUGUCCACGGCGCUGUGGAUGCUCGAGGACGGAAAGUACGACGUGACGAUUCUGGAGAAGAGCGUCGUGAUUCCUGCGCCUGACGCGGCGAGCACGGACAUCAACAAGAUUGUUCGCUCGGGCGACUACGCCGACCCGAUUCUCGCCAAGCUCUCUGUUGAGGCGAUCGAGUGGUGGCGCAAGCCCGAGUGGGAGGGCGUGUACCACGAAUCCGGCAUCGUCUGCCUCUCCAGCGUCAAGGGCACCAAGGGCAACGACUUUGUCGAGAAGGCGUACCAGAACUGCGUCGACCUCGACCUGGGCGCGACGCUGCUCCGCUCGCCGGCCGACGUGCGCUCCGUCUUCCCCAAGGGGCUCAAGACGGGCCUGUUCGGCGGCGGAAAGGGCUACCAUAACUGCGUGGGCGGGUGGGGCGAGUCUGGGCGCUCGGUCGAGGUCGGGCUCAAGCGCGUCGCCAAGCUCGGCGGCAAGAUCCGCGCCGGCGCCGAGGUCGUCAGCCUCAAGAAGAACGGCAGCAAGGUCGACGGCGUCGUCCUCGCCUCUGGCGAGGUCGUGUACGGCGACCUGGUCGUGCUCGCCGCUGGCGCGUGGACUCCCGCACUCUGCGCUGGCGACAAGGUUCCCCUCCCGCCUAUUGUUGCCACCGGGCAGUCGGUCGCCUUUGUCCAGCUCACUCCCGAGGAGGCCGCGCUGCACUCCAAGACGCCCAUCGUCUUCAACCUCGACAACGGCUUCUACUGCUUCCCGCCCAACAAGGACGGCAUUGUCAAGUUUGCCAUCCACCACUACGGCCACACGAACAACGUGACUGUCGGCCCGCCCGGAUCGACCGAGCAGGUGUCCCUCCCGCUCACCAAGCUCUCGCCCGAGGGCGAGAGCGGCGCGAUCCCCGUCGACAUGGUGCGCCGCCUGCGCACGGCGCUCGCCGACGUGUACCCCAACCUCGCGAAGAAGCCCUUCUUCGACACGCGCCUUUGCUGGUACUGCGACACUGUCACGGGCGACUGGCUCAUCGACUACCACCCCAACUAUGACAACCUCGUCCUCGCCACCGGCGACUCGGGCCACGCGUUCAAGUUUGCGCCCAUCAUCGGCCGCGAGAUCCUCGCCAUCAUCGAGCGCCGCGCCGAGCCCGUGUUCGCUGACCGCCUGUCCUUCUCGCCCACUGCCUUCGCCGGCGCCGACGUCCGCGUCGGCAAGCUCGAGGACCUGAGCGCCUGUGUCAAGUGCACCGGCAACGACCUGCAGCCCCCCGCCAGGCUGUAAGUGCAAGCAGCGAGACGGCAUUGCGGCGACCAUGAGAAUAGCAUACUGCAUUGGAG